AUGUUUCAUUCGCCAACCGGAAACGCCAGCAGAGCCCUAGAUAAUCAUUUUGAAGAAAUCAUUCCUGGAAUGAAUUCACCAUUGGCUCAUGGUAAUAUUUCGUCAAACUCUAUAAUGGAUUACCCGCUACCAACAGGCCCAGUGGAGGUUUCAAGAGUUUCAGUGAAAAUUUCACCAUUCUGGCGCAACAGUCCAGCAUUAUGGUUCAAACAGGUCGAAAGCCAAUUUAUAACAUCUGGAAUAACAUCCGAUUCAACCAAAUUUCAUACAAUUGUUGGUUCCAUAGACGCAAGCGUUCUUUCGGAGGUAAGCAACCUUAUUCUCAAUCCACCAGAAACAAAUAUGUAUGAAACGCUAAAGAAGAGUCUCCAAGACCGUUCCAUGGAUUCGGAAGAGAAGCGGUUGAAGCGUUUGUUGCGUGAAAUGGAACUUGGCGAUAAAAAGCCAUCAACAUUACUCCGUGAGAUGAUCUGUUUAGACUCUGGUGAGGUUUCGGAUGAACUUUUAAAAUCUCUCUGGAUGCAACGACUUCCGAAGCAAACUCAAGCAAUUUUAUCGAUAAGCAGUGAAUCUUUAAGCAAUUUGGCGGCUAUGGCCGAUAAGAUUUCUGAUACCGUGGAAUCAUGGGAUGUUAGUGCUAUAUCCUCGAGAAACCCGACAGAGUCGACACAAAUUCGGGAUUUAACAGCCAAAAUUGAAGAAAUAACCAAGAAGAUUGAGGCACUCACAAAUCAAUUAAGAAGGCGUUCAAAAUCAAGAGGCAGGUCACAGAGAAAGUCACGUGAUAAACCUUUUUGCUCCUCAUCAUCGGUGACGGAUGAGGACUGCCAACAGAUAUGUCGCCUUUUUGUUCGUGAUACAAACCUAAAAUAUGACUUUCUCAUCGAUACUGGUGCUGAUGUAUCUGUAUCAACUGAAAAACGCCAAAAUCCUAAGUCUUGA